AUGGCCGCCCUACGCCUUGCCCUUCUGGGUGCUUUGGCCGUCACUGCCAGGGCCCAGCAGUGCGACUGCAGCCCAUGCGAAGACUACCCAUUGGACGAGUUCAAAGACCCCUGCUUCGACAAGUGCAUUGUGACUGGAGAUCCGCAUGUGGAGCACAGCUGGCGACCAGGAUUCGAGGAGGGUUUUGACUUCCAGCCUCAAGGCAUUUGGCGCCUGGCCAAGACAGACACGUGCGGCGGCACGGUGGAGGUUCAGGCUUUCUUCUGCCACUACUUCUUCACCCCCCUGAGUUCAGCCAUCGCCUAUGCCAUCACCAUCAACGGCGGCGAGAAGUACAUCAUCAAGAGAGUUGGGGAGGAGUUCCAGGUGGGCAGCCCCGACGUGCGGAACAUGAACUUCACGUUUAAUACCGAGCAAGAUCCUGUGGCCGGGCGGCUCUUGGUCAGCGAUGACAAGUGUGUGCGCAUCAAGAUGAAUACUGUGAACCUCUACGGUGGAACGAGAGUCACAAAGUUUUUGGACAACCCUUAUCUCAACAACAUCUUCAUGAACAUUUGGGGAUGCGCCACCACGGAGUCGGGUAUCUGCGGUGCUCCGAAGUUGUCCAGAGAGUUUAUCGACCCCGAGAGCGAUGACAACCUGUUCAAGACACCAGAGGAGCCCGAGUUGUGGAAGGACCUCUGCCAGUUCUGCCAGGAGGAAGGUGAGGCAAUCACUCCGCCCGGCUGCCCUGCGCCCCCGAAUGGUGAACUGCCGGGGGCACCCGGAUGUGAGUUUCUGAGGCCUUUCGGAAGCUUGGCCGACAAGGAAUGCGUGCCACAGCCAAAUCCCGACGGCGACGAUCAGAUCCGCGAGAACAAUUUGCGCAUAAAGGAGCUUCAGGGCGAUGGUGAGAACUGCGUGGCUUUCGUCCGUCUGAACAACGGCCCCAAGUUUCCCGGCAGAAGUUGCAGAGACUGGUGCCAGGACCGAGGCGCCGAGUGCGUGGACGUUCGGGACGAUACUGGCACAGGCAGGUUCCCCGACGAGAAGAACACAUGUCAGCUCUCGGCUGCUGACGAUGACAAGAACUUUGAGGGCGAGGGUGCGGAUCGGGAGUCCAUGUGGUUCAAUCGUGUGACCUACCCGCAGAAUGGCGAGCAGCCCAAUGCCGAGCAGCGGCUGCUCCUCUACUGCGUACAGGACGUAUGCGCCACAGAGCCUGAGGACAGGCCAGAGAUAGCCCGCAGCUAUGGGGACCGGGACCCAGACCUCGACAACAAGCCGGACCAAUGCAAUGGCCCCUUGCUCUGCAACAUCGUCUGCUCCGGCCGACUUAUUCAAGACUGGGGUGAGUGCGUGAACCGUUGUGAGGGACACCGAUCCAAGCUGAUCCAUGCAGUGACACACUACUGCAAGGCCGGCAUUUGUCUAUCGCAUCUUGAGGAGACGGAAACUAUCGGGCUGCUGCAGCGUC